AUGUCAUCUAGCGGGUUAAUUACAAAAAUAUUGGGCCCUGAUGACCAAUUGAAGCUGGUAACAGAAUUAAUUGAACAUGAUCAAUUAGAACAACUUCUAGAAAUUUGCAACAUUAGCGAACUGGACUUAUCAAGAGACCCACAAACGAUCGACAACCUAUUUCAUAAGAUCCAACAAAGAUUUGACCUCAAUUUCCAUGAUCUGAGGGAACGUACUGACUCUAAUUUAAAUCAAUUGAACGAAUAUUUGGAAAAUAAAGAUGCUCAAAUUCUAGCCCAAUUGAUUGCUCAAACUAAUGAAUUAUGGAAGAAAUUUGAUGCUUGGGUUACUAAUAAGAUUUUACAAUAUAUUUUAUCUAAUCAUAAGAAAUUGUUUGAUGCGGAAUUUUAUAAUGAAAUUAUGGCACGGUUUUUGAACAAUGAUAAAAUGAGUUAUGAUAUAGAAGCUAUCGAAAAUAUUGAAGAAUUUGAAAUAGUAUAUGAUUUACAUUUAUUAGAAUCUGUUUACUUAUUUGAAGAUCCUACCAGAAAGCCAUUAGUUUCAAAUACUUCAGAUAGACUAUUGCUACCUCUUUUGUCAUGCAAUAUUGAAACUAUUGCAACCGGUGCAUCCAAAUUAAUGAGAUGGAGAAUUAUAGCAAUCCAUGAAACUUGUAAUAUAGAUCAAGAGUUUGAUAAAUUAACAUGGUCAUUACUGAAAGAUUUAUAUGUGGCUGGCAAGGAAGCUAGUUGGAAACAAAAAAAUUAUUUAUCAUUUUUACUUCGAAUCUUAUCUGAUAAAAAGAUGUCACCGGAACUAAUCAAGUUUGUUCAGACUGAGCAAUAUUGGGUCCAUCUUCAAGAUUCACUUAAUCAUACCGUUCACGAGCUUAGGAAACUGGGAUUAUCGAUCUUAAAGUUAACUAUUCAAUGUCUAUCUGAAGGGAUUGAUGCAUUCACAACCACCUCUUUCCACUGGGAUCCAUCGAAGGUCGAGGAAAUUACAGAGACAUGGAAAAGGUUUACAACUUUAUAUGAAAUUGUUGCAUUAGAUACAGCAUUGAAUCAGCUCCAUGCUGCUAAUGCUGAUAUUAUUGGUCUUUUUGACGAUGCCACUAUAUAUCCAAGUUGGGGGUUAAUUUUAUUUUCUACAGGAUUAAUGGCCUCCAUGGAAAGUGUUAGAAAAUAUACAAUGUCUUUAGUUUUUGAAGUAAGAGACGCUGCUGUCUUUUCUACAAACACAUCGAUUUUAUUAGAAACAAUAUUACCAUCCAUGAUGCAAGCUCAUUAUUAUAACACUGACAAAUUAUUAUGUCCAUAUGGUGAUAGAGUUGCAUUGUUUGUUUGUGACAUACUCUCUCAACCAGUUGACGAAGUACAUCACUCCAAUUUGCUUCUUGAUUUAUUUAAGCUGUUAAUCAAAGAGGGUACUUCAUUCGAUCCAGCUAGAAUAUACGUAUCAAUUGGUGUAUUAAAAUUUUUAGAAGUCAAUCAUGCCAAUAUCUUAUCGUAUGAUCAUUUGAAUUUAAUCAAGAAAUUAUACGAAUUUGAAAGUGAAGAUGAAGUUUUCCAAACCACGAUUCAAACAAUUUAUUUGAAGUUUCUCCUGUAUGUGCAUCCAACUAUUGAACCAAGUCAUUGGAUCCAGACCAUGGUUUCUCAUUUAUAUUGGAAUAAAGGAUCAUAUAGAUAUUUAUCACCAUUGUUAGAUUCGUUUAGAGAUGUUGCCGUCUCAAGGUUCAAUCCCAAUAACACCACGGAACAACUUCAAUUUACUAUUGGAAAUGAACCAACUUUUGAUGCCUUGACUUUAAUAUUAUUCGACGAUCAAGAAGUUGAAAUUACAAAUGAAAUUAUAUUUGAAAUUAUUAAAUCUAAAGAACAUGUUAAGGUAUUAUCCUCAGAGAAAGUAGUUAAUGUUUUAAUUACAUUACUAUCUGGAACAGAAAAUGAUGAUGUGUAUUUAGAUAGUUACACAUUAGCAGAUUAUGAAGGAUUCACUGCCAGUACUUGGAACUCAUUGAAUAUCAGUCCAUUAUGGGUUUCAAUCAGGGACAAAUUUUCUCCAGAGAAGUUUAAAUUCUUCGUCUCAAUUUUUAAAAAGAUGGUUAGCGAUAGCAUUCAAAACUUCCAUAUAAAUGCCGAUGAGGUUCUGAGUUUAUAUGGCAAAAUUACAGAGUAUCUUCAAGAAUUUCCAAAACAUAAGGAAAAUUUCAGGGUUAAGGAUGUAAUUUAUGGUACCUAUUUUGACUUCCUUUUGGUGUUCCUCAAGAUAAAUUUUUUAGAUGAAGAAAAAGAUGAACUCAGAAAGAUCUUAAAUAUGGUUGAUUCAAACAUACAUCAAGACAAUGGGAAUUACUUGGGGAACUUGGGCGUCACGAAAAUAUGUCAAUUUCUAUUAGAUACCUAUGUUGUGAUUAAUCCAAAGACUGAACCUGAAGUGGACGAAAAAAAUUCCUCAAUUAUUCAUUUCAUCUUUGAUAAUAUGAUAUCCAUAUGGGAUGUUAUCAGCACAGACCGGCUUGUAUUAAAAGAACGUGAAUUAUAUCUAUCAUUAUUAAAGACGAUCUUCCAUCCUUCUAUAUUAUAUAUGGCAUCAUUACCAAUAGCAGCCCACGGCAUGGUUUCUAGAUUCGAACAAUACGGCAAAGAUAUUAUUAGUCACGGAUUCUCUAGAAGAGGAUUAUUACCAUUGCUUGGGUUGCAAAUAUGCAAAUUCAUGGAGAAAUACGGUAAGACAUUGAAUAAUGACGCUAUUGAUUAUUGGUGGUUAAUUAAAAUUAUAUCAUUGUGUUUCAUUCAACCACAAAUGUCAGUUAAUAUUUUCAAAUUGAAACCUGUCAUUGCUCAUUUAUUUGAUAAGAAAUUAAGUCUUUAUUUUAUUAAGGGUAGUGGAUUAUAUGAAGAAGUUUAUGGUUCUGAAGAGAUUUCUAGUAGAGUUUUAAUUAUUAAUAGUAUGUUAUUGAGUUCUGAUUAUUUCAAAAUUCAAUUCAUUUCUGAACUUGUCAAGAGAAAUAAUUUGUUGAUUUCCAAGAAGAGAAUUGAUGGUCCCGAGGAAACUGAAAGAUUAUUAUUAUGGGAAUUAUUAUUAAUGUGCCGCCAUCAAUCUGCUUCAACAUUGGAUAUUUCAAAGGAUAUUAAAGAUAUGAUAUUAUCUAAUAUAACUAUGGAGGAAGGUUCUCCAUUGGUAAGAACGUAUAAAGAAUGGUUUAUUGCAUAUAAUUUUGCUAAAAAAUUUAACGAAAAGAAAGCCACUGAAAUCGAAGAUUUUAUUUUCGAACUUUUAGUGGAUCAUAGUAAACCAAUUCAAGUAGUCAGUGCAGAAAAGAUAUGCUUCUUAGUUCUUAAGGCAUUGACUAUUGAAGGUAAAUUUGAUGUAACGAGGUUACUAGAAAGAUUUAUUUCUAAUAUUGUUCCUAAUGCAACAUCGAAUAAACCAUUAGUGAGACAUUUUUCCAAUUCUUUAAUGUUAUCAUUCUGGCCUAUUUUCGAGACUUCCAUUAAGAAUGCAACAUUGAAGAGUAUUCUUAAGAAUUUAUUUUUAAAUGCACAGAAGACUCAAUUAUUUGGUAAAUAUAGAGCUGGUGAUGCUAAUAUUUGGGAUUUAUAUGAUGAUUUGACGCUAGUAUCCAUAUUUGGUGGUGUUAUUAGGAAGAUUACUGAUCAUGCUGCACCAUAUAUUUCUGAGAUGACAUUUAAGAAAUAUUUAAUCAAUAAGGACUUAUUUCCUAUGGGUAAAGAUGAAAAUACAUUAUGGUUGAAUAAGAGAAGUAGUCUUGAAGCAACAAUAAGUGGCAGUGAGGAUCUUACUGAAAAAGGGUUUCAAUUACAAACGAAGAGUGGAGCAUGGGAAACCGUAUUGGAUAUCGAUACGAAGAAAUCCAACGAGAUGGUUAAACGUUCAGAUUUAAUAGUUGUUGCAUCAUUAGUGGACAAACCUCCAAAUUUAGGAGGUAUUUGCAGAUUAUGUGAUGUUUUAGGUGUGGGAUUAUUGACCGUUCAAGACAUUAAAGUUAAAAAUCAUCCACAAUUUAAGAAUGUUGCCGUUACAGCGGAUAGGUGGAUGCCCAUGGAGGAAGUUCCUGUAGACGGUAUUGUUGAAUUUAUGAAAUUAAAGAAAAGAGAAGGGUAUUCAUUGAUUGGGCUAGAACAAACAGAUAAAUCUGUGAAACUUGAUAAUGAUUAUAGAUUCCCACGAAAAUGCUUGAUAUUAUUAGGAACUGAAGCGCAUGGUAUUCCAGGUCCAUUAUUGAAUGAAUUAGAUUUAUGUUUGGAGAUUAAACAAUUUGGGGUCAUUAGAUCUAUGAAUAUACAAACAGCCACUGCGGUGAUUGUUCAAUCAUAUACAGUACAACAUAUGUGA